AUGCUGUUACUGCUGGUGUCCAGUUUUGCCAACGCGUCAACGAUUUACCGGCACACGGCGGAGGCGUCGGACGACAACGAAACAUCGUCAUCGGCGGCGGCACACCAGCCCCGGACAGAUCAACAGGACGAGCAGCGAAGCCCACCGAAGUACGGGAAGUACUCCAGUUCCUCCAGCGAGAACUUUGGCCCCGCAUUUCCGGCGACGAGCGCACUGGCGCCGAACCCGAACGGCGGUGGUGGCGGCGGCGCCGGCGGUGCCCUGGCGCCUGCCUCGCUGCAGGCGGCCUCACCACAAACGAUGACACUGACGGCGGCGGAUAAAAAUAAAACCAAGCUGCUGAAGUGUCACUGUGACAUCUGCAAGGACGAGAACUACGUCUGCGAAACGGACGGCGUGUGCUUCACGUCGCUGUCGCGCGAACCGGACGGCAAGCUCAAGUACUCCUACAGGUGCUUAGAUCUCAAGGACCACUGGGGUCCAUUUACCUGGAACUGGUGUCGUAAUAAGACCGACGACAUGCCUAACGAUCACUACUGUUGCUACGGACCCGACUUGUGCAAUUUCCAUCUGAAACCCGCAAAGUCUUUGGUAGAAGCACCGGAAGAGGAUAAGGGGAAGCUGCACCUGAUAUUGAUCGUGGUGACGGUGCUCCUACUGCUCGUCAUGGUAUUCGCCUCAGUUACGUACUUCUUUGGGCGCCGUAAGCGCAACAGUGGCGCCCGUCAGAUCCUGCCCGAAGACUCCGUGUGUGGUGCCAGCUAUCCGAUCCUCAAUGGGCACACCACCAUCCAGGAUCUGAUCGAGAUGACCACCUCCGGUUCGGGGUCAGCCGGAUUGCCGUUGUUGGUGCAGCGAUCGAUCGCCCGUCAGAUCCAGCUGGUGGAGGUGAUCGGCAAGGGACGCUUCGGCGAGGUAUGGCGCGGUAGAUGGCGUGGCGAAAAUGUGGCCGUCAAGAUCUUCUCUAGCCGGGAGGAGUGUUCGUGGUCGAGAGAGGCCGAAAUUUACCAGACGAUCAUGCUGCGUCACGAGAACAUUCUCGGUUUCAUUGCCGCCGACAAUAAGGAUAACGGUACAUGGACGCAGCUGUGGCUGGUGACGGAUUACCACGAGAACGGGUCUCUGUUUGAUUUCCUGACCUCACGGUGCGUCAGCCCCGACACGGUGCUCGAGAUGGCGUACUCGAUAGCGACCGGUUUGGCCCACCUGCACAUGGAUAUCGUCGGUACGCGCGGCAAACCGGCCAUUGCCCAUCGGGAUCUCAAGUCGAAGAACAUUCUGGUCAAAUCGAACCUCACCUGCUGCAUAGGCGAUCUGGGGCUGGCCGUGCGACACAUCGUCAGCACCGACAAGGUGGACAUCCCAUCCACACACCGAGUCGGUACCAAGCGCUACAUGGCACCGGAGGUGCUGGACGAAACGAUCAACACGGAUCAGUUCGACUCCUUCAAACGAGCGGACGUGUACGCGCUCGGACUCGUCCUUUGGGAAAUUGCCAGGCGGUGUAACUUUGAUGGCACGUACGAAGAAUAUCAGCUGCCUUUCUUCGACGUGGUACAGCCCGAUCCUACCAUAGAGGAAAUGCGGAAGGUGGUCUGCAUGGAUCAGCAGCGACCCAGCAUACCGAGCCGAUGGGUCGGUUGCGAGUUGCUGCACGCAAUCUCGAAGGUAACGAAAGAAUGCUGGUACCAAAAUCCUGCCGCACGACUGUCGGCACUGCGAAUCAAGAAAACGUUGGCCAACCUCCGUUAG